GGUCACAGCAACUGGCAAUUCACGAGUUGAGCGAGGUUUACUUUUCAGUCUGGAAUAGUCCUGUCUGUGCUCAGCUGUCCCAACUCAGCCUGGCUUAGUGAGCCUGGUGCAAUCUUCCCCAGCCCAACCCAGCCACUUUCCAGCCACCCAUCAGAUGUCUGCUCAGUUGAACGUCAUGAACCGCUCACUGUCUUACUUCAGGCAGCUGACAUUGGGCAAUAUCAACCCAUACGUGAUGCAAGUCGAGGACCUCACUUUGACUCUCUUGACCAAAGCUUCUGAGAUAAAGAAAGAACUUCAACAGGGAGUGAAGAAACCAUUCACCAAGGUGGUGGAGUGCCAUUGGGGUGAUGCCCAGGCCUUGGGCCAGAAACCAAUCACCUUCCUCCGCCAGGUGAUGGCUGUUUGCACAUUCCCAGAGCUCCAGCACGAUGCCAGUAUCCCUGAGGACGCCAAACACAGAGCAAAAAAGAUCCUGGAGUCUUGUGAUGGUGGGAGUAUCGGCGCCUACAACCAUUCUCAGAGUUUGACUUACAUUCAGAGGAAGUUGGCCAAGUACAUCGAGAGGAGAGAUGGUGGUGUGGCUUCACAUCCACACCACAUUUACAUAAUGAAUGGAACCUCAACAUGUAUCACAAUAAUGAUGAAUAUGUUGAUCACAGGGGAGGGGGCCUGCCGGACAGGGCUGCUCACCCCCAGCCCCCAAUUCCCCAGCUUUGCUAGUAUCAUUAGCUUGCUGGAUGGGGUGCACGUGAAAUACUUGUUGAAUGAGGAGCGAGGCUGGACGCUGGAGAUUCCCGAACUGCAGCGGGCUCUGACCCAGGCCAGGACCCACUGUAACCCGUUGGUACUGUCCGUCAUUAACCCUCACAACCCCACAGGACAUGUGAUGACCAGGAAAACAAUUGAAGAUGUGAUUAAAUUUGCUGCCAAAGAGAAACUCUUCCUGUUGGUUGAUGAGGUCUAUCAGGACAAUGUGUACUCCGAGGACUGUCAGUUCCACUCCUUCAAGAAGGUGUUGUUUGAGAUGGGACCUGAGUACUCAGGCACGGUGGAGCUGGCCUCCUUAUCCUCCAUGUCCAAGGGCUACAUGGGCGAGUGUGGGAUACGGAGCAGUUUCAUGGAGGUUGUGAACCUGGAUUCCGAGGUCCAGACAGUUCUCGAUUGCAUUUCCUCCAUUUCCGACUGCUCCAUCUACGCUCAGAUUGUCAUCGAUGUGUUUGCAGACCCACCGCAGCCCGGAGACCCAUCCUACCAGCUCUUCAUCAUGGAGAAGGAGGCUAUUCGCAGGCGCCAGGCUGAUCAUGCUCUCCUUAUUGAGACCAUCCUGAACUCUGAAGUGGGGAUAUACUGCUGCCCCAUCCAGGGCGGUGUGUUCGCUUAUCCCAGGAUCCACAUCCCACCCAAGGCCCUGGAGGCCGCACAGGUUUUGAACCAAGAAGCGGAUGUCUUUUACUGCACACGGCUGCUGGAGGAGACAGGAAUCCUGGUGCUAGCAGGGAGUUACCUGUCCCAGAGACCCGGGACUCACUACAUCAGGCUGACCCUGCUCCUGGAGACGGAGAUGCUGAGGAAGAUUCUGAGAACCAUCACCCAGUUUCAUCGCCGCUUCACGUCAGCUUUCUCCUGAGAGACAGGGAACACGUCAGCCCCUCCCCACCCACCUCCUCGUCGGCGGUUGACUGACUGACUGACUGACUCACACACAAACUCUCGCUUGUUCGAACAGAUUGUGAAAUGACAACUCGAGUGAUGUGAUGUGGAGAAGGUGACUUGAUUUUAUCAGACAUUAAAAAAAAAUAGUCAAUCAA